AUGCCUCGCACCACCGGAGCUCACGAUAUCAAGCCUGAAACUCGCGUAGCGGUGGCGAUCUUCCUUACUACGCUAAGUAAAGAAGGUCGUCUCUGCUACGGCACCAUAAGUGCGCACGACCUUUGCGUCAAGCAAAGUCAUACCGACUUCGAUUUCUACAAGUGUUGA